UUUUCACCGGGCGGAUUUAGUGAUGACGUACUUCCGGUGACGUUCUCACACGACGACAAGAGUGAGCGAGAGCGCUAAACGCUUAAGGUUACAUGUGAGGGCCAUGGCUCGUGGACAGCAGAAGAUUCAGUCCCAGCAAAAGAACGCCAAGAAGUCCGCCGAGAAAAAGAAAGGGCAGGCGGCCGACCAGAAAACGGCAGCCAAGGUGGCGCUGGUCCACACGUGCCCUGUCUGCAGGACCCAAAUGCCUGAUCCAAAGACCUUCAAGCAACACUUUGAGAGCAAACACCCCAAGUCACCGAUGCCUCCCGAGCUUGCUGACGUUCUGGCUUGAAAGCCG